UGCCGCCGUCAGAGCCCGGCUGGCGGCUGGAGGAGCGGAGCACCUGCUCCGAGCUCGGCAGUGGCUCUCCAGACACACACGAACACCUUCUGGCCUUGUGGAUUUGGAUGACUAAUGGUCUUCUUUAGGAGUUUAUAUGUUCUUGGUUCAUUUCCUCUUCUGAAUUCAGCUGAAAGAGCAAAGCACCUGUGACUCAGAGAGAGGGGGUGGUUGUGUCUCUCCUGAGCCCCUCUUACAAAUACUGUCAAUGCACUUGCCCUCAGCUGGGCUCUCCUGAAAAAGGCAUGGAUAAGAACACAGAUGAGGAGCAGCCUUCAACUUCCUGUAACCAGUACCCCAAGGAAGCAGUGAGGAGACGGCAGAACUCGGGUCGAGGUUCCGGGGGCAGUGAUCUUUCCAGGACCUUCAGGAAAAGCUUCAGGCUGGACUACAGAUUAGAAGAGGAUGUCACUAAAUCAAAGAGGGGCAAAGAUGGGAGAUUUGUCAACCCAUGGCCAACAUGGAAAUCACCAACCUUACCCAACAUUUUGAAAUGGUCCUUCAUGGAAAAAAAUAACAGCAAUGUGCCACGCUCAAAGCAGGAACUCGACAAAGAACUGCCAGUGUUACAGCCUUACUUUGUUGGAGCCCCAGAAGAUGCUGGGCAGACAGGAUCUGGAAUGCGGGUCACGUGGCUGGGACACGCCACGGUUCUGGUGGAAAUGGACGAACUCGUGUUUCUCACUGACCCAAUCUUCAGCCAGAGAGCUUCCCCCAUCCAGCUCCUGGGCCCCAAGCGCUUCCGAGGCCCUCCGUGCACGGUGGCGCAGCUGCCCAGGAUAGACGCGGUGCUGAUCAGCCACACCCACUACGAUCACCUGGACUACAACAGCGUGGCCAGCCUCAACGAGCGCUUCGGGAGCGAGCUGCGCUGGUUCGUGCCGCUGGGGCUCCUGCCCUGGAUGCAGAGGUGUGGCUGCGAGAAUGUCAUCGAACUGGAUUGGUGGGAGGAGAACUGUGUCCCCGGUCACGAUGCGGUCACUUUUGUCUUCACUCCUUCCCAGCAUUGGUGCAAAAGGACUGUGACAGAUGAUAACAAGGUUCUCUGGGGCAGCUGGUCUGUCUUGGGACCUUGGAACAGGUUUUUCUUCGCAGGAGAUACUGGAUAUUGUUUUGCUUUUGAACAAAUAGGUAAAAGGUUUGGACCUUUUGAUCUUGCAGCCAUCCCCAUUGGAGCUUAUGAGCCAAGGUGGUUUAUGAAAUACCAGCAUGUGGAUCCUGAAGAAGCAGUAAGAAUCCAUAUUGAUGUUCAAGCAAAGAAGUCUGUAGCAAUUCAUUGGGGGACCUUUGCUUUAGCAAAUGAGUAUUACUUGGAUCCUCCAGUUAAAUUGAAUGAAGCUCUUGAAAGAUACGGCUUGAAAAAAGAUGACUUCUUUAUCUUGCGCCAUGGAGAGUCACGGAAUUUGAAUACAAAUGACCGGUUUGAAAACUGAAACAGUGUCAGUCCUUGUAAGCCCUGUUUGCUUUGAACUAAUGGAACAAUACUAACAGAAUGUACACAAUAGAUUUUUGAGAUUGAAUUGGAUUUUUAAAUGCCAGGUUUCUCAGUUUC